CGGAAGCGGCGCAGGCGCGGGGCCGAGCGGAGGGGACGCGCCCGCCAUGGAGUCGCGGGGGAAGGAGCCGCAGCCGCCGAACAGGAUGGGCAUGGGGGACUCCAACCCGGCAGCAGUCCCACACGCCGCUGAGGACAUUCAGGGAGAUGACAGGUGGAUGUCACAGCACAAUCGGUUUGUCCUGGACUGCAAGGACAAGGAGCCCGACGUGCUCUUCGUGGGGGACUCCAUGGUGCAGUUGCUACAGCAGUACGAGAUCUGGCGAGAGCUCUUCUCACCGCUCCAUGCACUGAAUUUUGGGAUUGGUGGAGACACCACGGGCCAUGUUCUAUGGAGACUGAAGAACGGUGAACUGGAGAACAUUAAACCCAAGGUCAUUGUUGUUUGGGUUGGAACAAAUAACCACGAAAACACAGCAGAAGAAGUCGCAGGGGGAAUUGAGGCCAUCGUGCGCCUGAUAAACACCCAGCAGCCACAGGCCAAAGUGAUUGUGCUGGGCCUGCUACCUCGUGGAGAGAAGCCAAACCCGCUGCGGCAGAAGAACGCCAAGGUGAACCAUCUGCUGAAAGCCUCUCUGCCCAAACUGCCCAACGUGCAGCUGCUGGACGUGGACGUGGGCUUCGUGCACUCGGAUGGCACCAUCUCCUACCACGACAUGUUCGACUUCCUGCACCUGACGGGCGGGGGCUACGCCAAGGUCUGCAAGCCCCUCCACGAACUGAUCAUGCAGCUGCUGGAGGAGACCCCCGAGGAGAAACGAGCUGCCCUGGCCUGAGUCGCUGCUGUCAGCGUGGAGAGCAUCAUCCAGCCCAUCAGAUCAGUUCUGUCACUGGCACUACAGAAUCCUUCUUUCUUAAAGCACUUUCCAUUGUAGAAUGUUACCGGAUGUCCGUACCUAGUGUUUUGAGGGGGAAGGCUCAUGUUUAACUGGUCUUGUACAUACGAGGGCCGGCUGGGUUGGUUUUAUUGCAGGAGGAAAUUAGCUGAAGAAGAGUUUUACUUUUAAACCAUUCCUCAUUUGAAACGAGAACAGGACUGUCACUCUGUGCCCCUCUCAUGUCUUGUUGCCCCGUGGUUGUCCUAGACCCCCUGUAGCCUGUCCGACAGCCCGCUCCUGGCUGCAGCCAUCGUGCUCUGUGUAUUUGCCUGGGAACAAGAAUCACAUUCCACUUGCAAAAGCCAGAACAGAUGCAUUUUUCCAAACUCGGUUCCACCUUUUAGGCGGUUUUGGGUUUAUUUUGUUUGUUUGUUGUUUGUUUGUUUACUGAGGGGGGGUUAAAUGACACGUGUUGCUUUCUCACUCCUUUCUGAAGCAGCUUGAAACUGGAAUUCAGAAAUUCAAAGAAGCAAACAGUUACCUGAACUCGUGUAACACUCCCCAGUGCUUGUCUUGUGCUCGUUUCCCCAGUCCUGCUAGCGGGGGCACCUUCCCUUCCUCCCACGCAGCCCUCCUGGGAAUGCUCCCAUUUGGGUGCUGCUGCUGGCCCCUGCUCCUGCUGCCUGUGAUGUUGCUGGCUUUUAGCAGUUGCUCAGUGUAGGAUUUUAAUGAUCCAGUAAUUGGCAGUCACUUCCUCACUCCUCUGGAACUGACAGACAUCCCUCUGAGGUGCCCGGGCUCUUCGCAGUUUUUUUUCUAUUUUUUUAUUAAGUAUGACUGUUACAUCCUUUUUUUUCUAAAGCAAACCCACAUGAAGAGCCCCUGGCUGCAAGGCCUAAAUCACUCUGAAGCUUUACAGAUCCCAAGGUGUAUAUUUCCUUAUCACUACUGGUUUACUUGUAUAAACAUUUUAUUUGAGCAACUACGGCCUCUUAGAGUAAAAAGUGGAGUUAAUGUGUAGCUUCUCCUGCUCUAGACACUGCUCCUCACCUCGAGCAAGGGAGCCAGAGGGGCAGGUGCCCUCCUAAAGGGCUGUGGCUCCGUGCGGUUUUGGUUUGGUUUGUAGUUCAGAGGGCUGGUUGUAGCAAAACAACUUUUCAUUUCAAACUCAGAGCUUCUCUUCCAGCUCAGUUUGGAGCCGAGAGGCAGAGCCCUAGAUGAAUUGAUAACUUGCAAAUAACCUAUCUUAAACCAAGUCUGUUCCUCCCUGCCUUACCUGCUGGAGCUGGAGCUCAGUUGGUGCCACGCUGGGUUUGUGCUUCCUGUGGGUUGCCAGGCAGGUAAUCCUGGGAGGAACAGAGAGCUUCACUCUGUGCUCCAAGGGAGGGGUUCAGGUGUCAGGUGGCUUUGCUGAAGCCCAUAGGUACUGUACAUAGUCUGUCUGCCCUUUGCUGUAGCCAAGGGCUGGUGUGUAACUCUGACCUAGCGUUGAGGAAUCCCCUAACGUCCCACCUCAUCCCCCUCCUCCUGUAGGAUUGAUCAUAGCAGGAUUCCUGCCUGGAUUGCAUGCAUAGUGUGUGUUUUGUUUCCAGUAUAUGUGAUCUACACACAGAUGAAGGAAAGGUGAAGCAUUCCCCUGGCCAGGAUCAGACACAGGGAGCUGCAGAGUGCCAUGGGAGAGGAGGGAUCACAUCCUACCCCCAUGAUCCAGACCAGGGGUGCUGCUCCCUGGAGCUCCACGGCCUUGCAGGGCAGGCUUUGAGAGAGCACUGCUCGUGCUUCCCAUGAGCUUUGGCUGGAAAUAUUGGGGAAGGGCAAGUGGAAAAUCAAAUGUUAAAAGUACAGUGCAGUGGAGAGUUCUUGGGGAAGGGUUUAUCCCAUCCCCAGCCCCCUCAGGGAGCUGGGAUAAAACCCUUCUUGCUCCCUGAGAGCUUUCCAUCUCCAGGCUUGUGAGAAAAGGCCGUGGGCUAGUUUAAUCUCUGCACCCCUGCUCCCUUCCCUCCCUGCUGCUGCUGCAUUUGGCUGAAGCGAUGCUAACCAGGAAUGUACUCUGCAGUAAAGCUCUGACUGCUCAGCACCCUGUGCUCGCUGUGAGCCAGCCCCGUGGGCAGGGUGCCGAGUGGCCCGGGGAAUUUGGCAGGCUCUGGCAUCACCAGGGAGGCUCUGCUGGCUCUGCUUAGGCUUGGCUUGCUGAGGUGCCAUGCUCUGUGCUGGUUCAGUGCUCUCGGCUCUGCUUGUUGCUGCCUGGCAGGAAACUGCCCUGCUCACCUGAGAGGUGUGGUGGGCAAGAGGGGCUCUGCCUCCUGCUCACCCCGUGCUGAAAUCCGAGUGCCUCCUGUGAGAAAAAUCCAGUUCCAGCUCUGGAUGUCCCUCGGGACAGGGCUGGGCUGGAGCUGUGGCCUCUUCUGAGUGAGCGUGUCCAGUUUUGUGUUUAUGCAGCAGAGAGGAAAACAAACAAAAGAUGUGAAAUGACAGAGUCUUGUGAGGUGCCGGGGAGGGUGAGGCAGGAGCAGGGAGGCCCCCAUACCUCCCCUUGCUGCCCACCCGCUGCCCUGAGCCUUCCCCGGGACACAACCUUUGUGAUUCUGCUUUGGCAAAAAUGCAUCGGCUGGUAGAAGUCACUGUUAGUGCAUAUUUCAAUAUAAAUGUCAAUGUUUCACCCACUGUGUCGCAGCCUGUGUGUGUGUGUGUGUGCCCAGCCGUCUCCUGCCCUGUCCUGGUCACUCCUGGAGCUCUCCAUGGGGCCGGGCAGGCGCUGCCAAAGCUCCCACUGCGGGUCCUCCCCGCCUCUGGGAGUUGUGCUCUGCCAGAUCCUUGCUCCUCGUUUAAUUCCUGCUUUCCCCACUCCGUUUGGGGCUGGUUUUGUCUGUUUUUCCUCCUUUCCCCGUGCAGAUCUGGGUGCUGCACCCAAACCUGUGAGCACGGUGCUGCAGGUGAAGGGGACUGGUUUAUUUUGGCCCUCGACAGGACAUCGGCCUGUGUUGGAUUCCCGGGAGAUCGAUCUCAAAUGGCCCUGGAACAAACAGGGACUGCACAUCCCCACGCAAUCCCACUCACAGCCAUCCUGCAAGAGGCGACUCGAGUUCCGCCAGGGCCGAGGAGUCGGGCGGAAUUCUGCUUCUCUUCCCGCAUGUCUGUCCCUGAGGUUGUCCCAUCUGCCUCCAGCGCCACCACCUGCACCUGGAAACCAUGGGCAGACUGUCCAAGCUGUGGGAUCCUCAGGGACAGGAGGGCCCGGAGAAAUAAAGUGCACAAUAGCAGCA